GACAGCAGUAGUGAUUCGUCCUUCGGCGACCAAGACGAAGAGGCAUUCCCAAUGCCGCGUGGUCCACGACGUUUGUCGAAAUUUUCCCGACACAGUGUCGAUGAACAGAUGAAAAAGAAAACGCAAAGCCUUCUGCCGGACAUUCAUCUGGUGCUGGAGCGCUUGCGUAGUGGUGCUGAAGGCCUCUCUGAGUCCGAGCUGGAGCGCUUCAAUGUGGCCUUCUUCCGCUUCAAAGACCCCGACGGGCCCGAGAUGCACAAGGACGAGCUGCCGCAGGUGCUCGAGUUCCUCGGAUUCCCACUGCCGGACCCAGCAACGUGCCGCGAGAUCGCGGAUGGGUGUGCCGAGUACGAGACCCUAGAGAAGGCAGACUUCAUAACGUUCAUGGAGCGCUACCUGGACUGGGAGCUUCAGCGUUACAAGGACAUCUUCUCGAGCUACGAUGAUGAUGGAAGUGGCUUCCUAGACACGACGGAGCUCAUGACCUUCAUCGCAUCUUUGGGUUUCACACCGUUGCGAAGCAUGGUGAAGGAGGCCCUCAACCUGGUCGACCUUGAUCGGAACGGCCUGCUUGAUUUCGAGGAGGUCGUUCUGCUCAUGCACUGCUACCGGCACACUGAAGGCUUCACCCUGGACGAAUUGCAGACCUUGUCUGCCAUUUUUACAGACGUGAUCGAGCAAGUCGCGCGGAGAAGAGAAGGCUCCAAUGUCCUCCCGGCAGACAUGCUGGGCGACGUCCUGGUUCAAUUUUUUGGUCCUGCACAAGCUGCCAAAGCCAGCGAGCUGCAGCAGGACUGCAUUGCCAGAGCAGCGAAGAGAGAAAAUGCAACCAGCGCCGACUACGGCAAAAAGUUUAGCCUGGGCCUGGGCUUCCACGAAGCCGUGCUCUGGGCUCGGCGCUUGCGAGACAAGGAAUUCGUGGCCUACCGUGAGGCUUUCCAAAAGUUUGACGAGGAUGGCAGCAACUCCAUCGACAUGGAUGAACUCCAGAAAGUCAUCAAAACGCUUGGAUACACCAUGACAAAAUCCACCAUCAUGGAGAUCAAGCAGAUAGCUUUCGCGAGGACGGACCUGGAGGAUGUCUGCAGCAAAACCAGCGCCGAAGUGCUUGACUCGGAAUCCAUGGACUACGACUCAUUCGUCCACUUCAUGCUAAUGCUGCAACAGUCCGAUGGGUUCUCCAGGGCUGAGAUACAGGAGAUCAAGGCCACCUUCAAGAAAUUCGACGAGGAUGGCAGUGGAGAUAUUGAUGUCUGCGAACUGUCGGAUAUGCUGCGCUUCCAGGGGCACCACACCAGUAUCGACGAGGUCAGGCGCCUGCAUGCACGCGUGGACUUCAACGGCAGUGGUGCGCUGGACCUCGCAGAGUUCGUUCGGUUCAUGCGACUGCACCGCGAGGAGAUGCUUGAAUCAGUGCGACAGGCCUUCGACACGCUGAAAGAUCUGAGUUCCGGACUCCUCAGCCCUGAGCGCAUUCCCUUCGCCAUCGCAAAGCUGGAAUUUGCUGCGGAGGACAGACGAAUCGCCGUCGAGCCCUACCUGCCUGGAGUGGCAUUGAACUUUGAUGGCUUUGUCAUGCUCUGUGACAAGAUUCGAGAAGCCCAAGUUGCGGCGGACAGAAAGCGAGCGGGCUUCUGCGACCGAGACAUCGAGCAUUUCUGGGGGCUCUUCGCUUCGUUCGAUACGAAGAACAACGGAGUGCUCACCACGGAGGAAUGCACCAAUCUCUUGUCCACCUUAGGCUUUCAUGUCCGGACGGUGGAAGAGCAGCAGGACCUGAAACGUCUGUUGCAGCAGGCCAGGAACAUCGCUGAAGCUGCCGGAGUUGACACCCGCGGCGACAACGCAAGCGUCAACUUCUACGUUCUGCUACAGCUGCUUCAGGCGCUUUUCGUGAACCAUGAGAGGGACGCAGAAGCUGAGCUGACACAGGUUGCGGAAGAGGCAGACUUCAGCAUGAGCGAGGUGACCGAGUUCCUCGAUAUCUUUACCUCGUACUGGGCCGAAGAGCAAGCGCCUGGCGAAGCCGAGAAUCCCAACAAUCGACUCAUGAAGAAGAGCAUCACCAGGAGUUCGGUGUACAAGCUUCUCCGGGCGAUGGGAAUCCGACUAGACCCCACCCUCAAGGACACGCUGGACAAGCAGGUAGCUCAUCUAUCUGGUGAGAGGCUUGAGUUCCACGGUUUUCUUCGUCUCAUGCGGUGGAUGGUCGAAGUCAACUUCGCGCAAAUCAACAACGGAGGCAAUGCCACGUGA